GGUGUUGUCAAAGGAAAGAAAUUACCAUUAAUACAAAGCCUACCCACCUUAUAUAAACCACUUUAGGUCUUUGGGAGCUUCUAAAAUUUGGUGAUGCCAGUGGAUUUUGCAUCCCAUUCAAGUCUCUUCCCCCCUUCUCCCCCCUCCACCUCCUUUUUUUUUUUAAACCCUGAGAUGUAACCAAGACAGUGAGGUGGUUACAUAAGGCCUGGCCACCUCCAAAGUAAUAGUCUGUCAUCUGUCUCAACACUAUGGUAGCCAGUAGCUCUGUGUAUCCUCAUGGGGUUUCCCACAAGGAGAGGAAAAUGAUUGGGAGGAGGGAGUAAUUUCUAGCCCAAGAUUAGAAUUGAUUGGUGCCUUCUUGCUACUGUCGGCUGGGCAGUCAGACCAGCUCCUGCCCCUGGUUCUGGAGCUGUUCCACCUUUCAGAGACACACCCAGCCAAAGGUCAGUGGGACCUGCUUUGUUGCAGCAGGGGAAUCUGAAGGGUCCGCCCCUCCUAGAGGCCAGGUGAAGUACUGUCCCACAUGGAUUGGAAUUCUUCAGAAAUGACUCUACCGCACAGAUCGAAUCUGCAAACUCAAGAUUGCUGGAAGGGUCUUGCUGCUCCGCUUGGGACCACCGCCCUAACUGCAUCGGGACCUCACUGUUCCUUAGAGUAACUUGGUGAGCCUUCCUAGUGGUGUGCAGGUGGAGUGGGUCCUUAAUGAGAAAGAGGUGGGCAGGGAAUAUCCCAGGGAGAGGUCUAUGCAAACUACAUAGGAGGCAAUGUCGAAGAACGCCUUCGUGGUCUCGAAUCCCACAUGGAGCCUUCAGUCCCAAGCCACAAAGCUGGUUCCAGAGGGUGGGGCUAGAUUGGGCUGCCUUGAGAAAAAGACUUCAGCUGGCUAGGUACACGCCUUUGAAAAUAGCCAGGCAUCCCGCUCCAAAAUGCUCUUGUUUGUAAUGCAAACAGGAUGUACGGUCUCCUUUAAUCCUUACGAAGCGGGAGCUUACAAAGACGGGAAUCGGGCCGUAAAGGCAAUAACAUUGGGGAUUACAACUCAGGUUCAGGCCCUCCCAGAGAGCUCAGCUCCACCGCGUCUCUACAGCCCCACCCCAGGCCAGGUGAGGGCUCUCCCGCCUCCGGAGGCUUCUAGAACGCUGAGGGGUCCCAGGUGGGGCCCUAAGAGGGGAGGGGCCGGAGCGUGGGUGAUUGGCACGCGGGCGCCGAAGGGUGGUAAAAGAAGGGGCGGCCGCGCAGGGACGGAGAGUCCCUUGCUUCCUGCGCGCCCGCCGCCGCCGAGGUUCCCGCCCGAGUGACGCACGCGGGGCGCGGGGGCCGGCACCUCGUCCCCCCGCCCACCAUGAACGCCAGCGGCCCGGGCUUCCCGCUGGCCUCGCUCUACGUGGGCGACCUGCACCCUGACGUGACCGAGGCUAUGCUGUACGAGAAGUUCUCGCUUGCCGGGCCCAUCCUGUCCAUCCGCGUGUGCCGCGACGUGGCCACCCGCCGCUCGCUGGGCUAUGCCUACAUCAACUUCCAGCAGCCGGCCGACGCGGAGCUGGCACUGGAUACAAUGAACUUUGAGGUUAUCAAAGGCCAACCCAUUCGCAUCAUGUGGUCCCAGCGAGACCCAGGACUUCGAAAGUCGGGUGUGGGCAACAUCUUCAUCAAGAACCUGGAGGAGUCCAUUGACAACAAGGCCUUAUAUGAUACCUUCUCCACCUUUGGAAACAUCCUGUCUUGCAAGGUGGUGUGUGAUGACCACGGCUCCCGAGGCUUUGGCUUUGUCCAUUUUGAGACGCGUGAGGCUGCGCAGCAGGCCAUCAGCACCAUGAAUGGGAUGCUGCUGAAUAACCGCAAAGUCUUCGUCAGCCACUUCAAGUCCCGACAGGAGCGGGAGGCUGAGCUGGGGGUUCGGGCCAUGGAGUUCACCAACGUCUAUGUGAAGAACCUGCAAAUGGACAUAGAUGAGCAGGGCCUGGAGGAGCUCUUCUCCCAGUUUGGGAAGACGCUGAGUGUGAAGGUGAUGAGGGAUGACAGCGGCCACUCCCGAGGCUUUGGCUUUGUCAACUUUGAGAAGCAUGAGGAAGCCCAGAAGGCUGUGAUGGACAUGAACGGGAAGGAGGUGAGAGGACAGCUGCUCUAUGUGGGCCGUGCCCAGAAGUGGGCGGAGCGGCAGAAUGAGCUUAAGCGAAAGUUCCAGCAGAUGAAGCAGAUGAAGCAGGACCGGCUGAGCCAUUACCAGGGCGUGAACCUGUAUGUGAAGAACCUGGAUGACUCCAUUGAUAACGAGAGGCUGAGGAAAGAGUUCUCUCCCUACGGCGUGAUCACCAGUGCCAAGGUGAUGACAGAGGGUGGCCACAGCAAAGGGUUUGGCUUUGUGUGUUUUUCCUCUCCAGAAGAGGCAACGAAGGCCGUGACAGAGAUGAACGGGUGCAUCCUGGGUACCAAGCCGCUGUACGUGGCGCUGGCUCAGCGCAAAGAUGAGCGGAAGGCUAUCUUGACCAACCAGUUCAUGCAGCAGCGCCUCUCCAACGUGUGGGCCCUGGGUGGCCCCCUCUUGGGCUCUUUCCAGCAGCCCGUGAGCUACUUCCUGCCCACCGUGCCCCAGCCUCCAGCCCAGGCUGCGUGCUAUGGCUCUGGCCCACCUGUCCAGCCUGCCCCCAGGUGGACGGCCCAGCCACCUAGACCCUUGAUACCACAAGCCCCCUACUCUCCAGCUGCCUCAGUGGCCUGGCCACCAGCCACGUCUCAGCACUCCCCGACCCACAUCAGCAGUGCCAAGAAGGCCUCUAUCCAGGAGCCACCCCAGGUGUCCUACACCCAAACAGUGGCCAACAUUGGUACCCAGACCUCUGGCCUUGGUGAGGCAGGAUGCUCUAUGCCAAGUGGGCCUCUCCUGACACAGAGAUAUUCCUUGGAGACGCCCAACACCCAUGAGGUCCAGGAGCCUGCUGUGUGCAUCCCCGGACAGGAACCCCUGACCGUGUCCAUGCUGGCCGCAGCACCACUGCACAAGCAAAAGCAGAUGAUAGGUGAGCGUCUCUACCCCCUUAUCUACAAUGUCCACACCCAGCUGGCGGGCAAGAUCACAGGCAUGCUGCUGGAGAUCGACAACUCAGAACUGCUGUACAUGCUGGAGUCUCCAGAGUCCCUCAAUGCCAAGGUAGAAGAGGCUUUGGCAGUGCUUAUUCAGGCUCACCAGACCAUGGAGGAAGAGCAGAUGAAAGUGAAUGUAAUUGAAACCAGGUGGGUGGGUGGAGUUGAGAGGAAUGGUGACAGACGUAGCUGAACCCAGAAGCACUAAGGAACUGGGCAGGGACUGGCUGGCUUUCACAAAGUCCCUGAGAACCACAUUGUGACACUGCUGUCUCAGGGGGAAGCUGUGAGGAUCAAAGGAGAGGACAAGCCGUGUGAUUGGAAUGGGUGCGGACUAUCAAAGGGGAGGUGUUCUCUCGAUAGCUGCCCCGCCUCACCUUACUCAUAAUAGGCCUGGCUUCCCCUGGCACUGCCUGGCUCCAUUCUGCCUGCCUGAAGGCCUGGCUUGGUAUAGCCCCCAUUCUUAGUCGAAGACCAGGUGUCUGCCAUACUUGAGAAACAUUUAAUUUUACCUUUUCGUCCUCAGAAAAUGGAAUCCUCACUCCCUUGGCUGACAAGAGAACAGCGUUCCUGCUCUUGGCUCUAAGGCCCUGUGAAUCAUAACUUAUUUCCUAGUUGGGCUGUAUCUGUACCUGAGCUCUGCAUGUGGAACAAAGGCUGGUCACCACGCCAGCCCAUUACCUUUUUUUUUUUAAUUUAUUGGGGUGACACGGGUUAACAAAGUUAUAGAGGUUUCAGGGGCACAAUUCUACAGCACAUCAUCUGUUCACCACCCCAAGUCUCUGUCCAUCACCAUUUAUCCCCAAAAUACCCUGCUACACCUUCCCCAAUCCACUACUCCCCCUCCCCGCCCCAUUGCCAUUGCUUUGUGCAUUAAAAGUGCUGCAAACUG